AUGUCGACGACGAAGGGAAAGAAUCCUGCCGGCAAGCCUCAGCGCUCCGCCAUUGCGGACGUUGUCGCCCGCGAGUACACCAUUCACAUGCACAAGAGAUUACACGGUGUUUCCUUCAAGAAGAGGGCCCCUCGCGCCAUCAAGGAGAUCAAGGCUUUCGCCACCCAGGCCAUGGGCACCUCCGACGUCCGUCUGGACCCCCAGCUCAAUAAGAAAGUCUGGGAGUGCGGCAUCAAGGGCGUUCCCUACAGACUUCGCGUCCGAAUUUCCCGACGACGAAACGACGAGGAGGACGCCAAGGAAAAGCUGUACAGCUACGUGCAGGCGGUGAACGUCAAGAACCCCAAGGGCCUCCCCACGGUCAUCGUCGAGGAGUAA